UUACACUAUUCUCUUGUUGAGUCUUAAGUUGUCAUUUGGCAGUAAAACAUGUGCAAAAUAAUUUGAAAUAUGAAAUAAAUACAAUCAAUUUAUAAUUUGGAUAUCUGAUAUAUGGAUAUGAGAUAUUGUCUUCGAUGAAUGAUGUUAUUUUGCCCAACAUGCGCCAAUAUACUUAUGGUAGAGGAAGGUCCAGAAGCAGGGCUUCGGUAUGCUUGUAACACCUGCCCCUACGUAUAUAAUAUAAAGAAGAAAGUGUCAUCCCGCACUUUCCCUAAAUUGAAGGAAUUAGAUUAUAUUAUGGGCGGUGCUGCUGCAUGGGAGAACGUAGAUUCAACUGAUGCAGUCUGCCCUAAAUGUGGGCAUGGAAGAGCCUUCUUUAUGCAACUACAAACUCGUUCUGCGGAUGAACCCAUGACUACAUUUUACCGUUGCUGUAACCACAAGUGUGCACAUAAUUGGCGGGAUUAAAUAUAAUAACAUACUUUUUAAG